GUGGCUUUCUGGUUCGCCACACUCGGUCUCUCUCUCACAGCGCGAAUGUUGAAUUCAGGGGUGGCGACUCGCCGCCUCCUCUCUGUCCUCGCUUCCAGAUCCCGCAUCGCGGCCGCGGGAUCGACAUCCCUCCGAGGCCUUUCCAGCGACGUACCUCCGCUUCCCCCGCCUCGGCCGAUCCCUUCAGAGGAACAGUCGCGGCCGCAGAAGGAGACCCCGGAAGGGGUGUCGCCGGUGGAGGCUACACGAAUCGCGAAGGAUGACGGUGAGGCCCGGAGGAAUGGGAACCGCUCUAGGCCAAAUGAAGGUGCGGCAGGUAAGUACGAGGAAACGCAGGCUCGUGUGUUCAUCGCAGCACUUCCUCACACGGCAAGGUUAGGGUGGACGGAGUCGGCUCUGAUCGCUGGGGCAAGGGAUGUGGGCGUAUCCCCAGCUAUCGUUGGCUCGAUUCCUCGUAAGGAUGCGGCACUUGUCGAGUUUUUCAUGGAUUACUGUCUUCAAAAACUUAUAGAGAAAGUUGAGUCAGGAGAUGAAUUGAAGAAUGAACUGAAGGAUUUAACUCUUAGUGAUCGUCUAACAAAGCUUAUUCGCAUUCGAUUGGAGAUGCAAGCACCUUACAUAGCAAAAUGGCCACAAGCACUUAGCAUUCAGGCACAACCAGCAAACCUCCCUAACAACUUUAAGCAACGAGCUGAAUUGAUUGAUGAGAUAUGGCAUGCAGCUGGUGAUUCAGGUUCUGACUUUGACUGGUAUUUGAAGCGAACAAUACUGGGAGGUAUAUACUCGACAACUGAAGUAUAUAUGCUCACUGAUCAUUCUCCAGAUUUCAGAGACACAUGGGUUUUCUUGGACCGCCGUGUAAAAGAUGCUUUCGACCUUCAGAAGACUGUUCAAGAAGCUGCAUACUUAGCCGAGGCAGUCGGGGCAGGCGUGGGUAACACAGUAAAGGGAUUCAUGGCAGGCAUUUUUCCGGGUAGCAAAUGAGGCAAUGAAUUUGUUCUAGGAAUAAUUUCUCAGGUUGCAUAAUAUCUCUCUCCCAGAGAAAACUGUCGAUAUCAUCUGGCUUUUAGUUGACUCAUCACAACCAGACAUUGAACUGCAAGAGCCUUUUAAUCUUGAAUACCAUGUGUAUAUAUGGAAGCUUUCAUUAGGGAAAAUGAAAAGCUGGAAACUUGUGUUCGGACCAGCUUCUCAAAAUAUGGUACAGUGAAUCUUGAGUCCUGCACUGAAACUUUUGUGGACUAGUGAAGGACCAAAUAUUUCGGCUGAUGUAAAGUGGCAAAUUUCAUGUAGAGUGUGGGCAAUUAGGAAGUUCCUUGUGGAUC